AUGCCUACCUUUGUACUUCUAAAAAUAAUAAACGAAUUAUUAUUUGAUGACAAUAAUGUAUCAGAUAAUGAAAAAAGAAAACUUGAAGAUAACUUCGUAAAUAAAGAUAUAAUAGUAUCAAGUGGGUCAGAUAAGGAUUGUGAAGUUAAUUUUGGCACUCCAAAUAUAGAAAUGA